GGCGAUUUUCCCUGAAAUACGGCCCUGACAGCUGUUGUAACAUCGGUGUAUGAUGGCCUGUGCCCCUUAUCGGCUUCUCCUGACCCUGUGAAUGAAGAGACGAUGGCGACGGGCACUUUCUCCUUCGCGCUUGAGGACAUGGUCGGCUUCAGCAACCCCGGCGACCAUGCGAAAAGGCAGCAAAAGCAGCUCGCAUGUGCGAGAUGCCACUCGCAAAAGCUUAAAUGCGUGCGCCAGCAAUCUGAUGCCUCGGCCUGUGACCGAUGCCUCGGCGCAAACACCGAGUGCACUGCACGACAUCCUCAGCGCAUGGGGAGGCCAGUAGACGCAGCACUGCUGAACAGCAGCCCCUCAACAUUUUGCACCACGAAAGAAAAUGCCACACCUCAGCACAAGAAGCGAAGAGCCACGGAACAGAGUCUAGACCAGUACAUCGAAUGUCUGCCAGAAGGAACUCUAUCUCCACUGCCGACACCUAUGAGCGACUUCAAUCAGUGGAGAUGGCCAACCCCAGAUGAAGUCAUUGAUCACAGCUCCAACUCCAGCUCAGUACAGCCGGGCACUGCCUCGUUACCUUACGGAGGACCGGUCGUCAGUUUGGCCGGUUUCACAUCAUUGAUGCCGAAUUUCGACGACCUCCCAAUGCUCACCGGGCAUGAUGCCCAAGGAUGGGAGGGGUCCGGCGCUGCGUCGGACCAACCUACAUCCACGACUGCAUCGAACCUCAUUGAUCAACUGAGCGCAUUACAGUUGCAUCUAUCACGCUGCUUGAACCAGAUGAGAUCGAUCGAGAGGCAGAAGAGGCCGGGUCGCCAUCCGAAGUCCGAGGACAUGCCCACCGACACGACGAGCUGGAUGCAGGAUGCAUUUCAAUCUUCCGAGACUUUCAUGAGGAUCCUGAAGCACCCGAACCUCUCCAAUGAGUUUGGAAAUGCCGCAAGUGACUCGUCAGUCCCCGGUGAUAGCAGCCGGGGUGGGUUUGACGCCGCUGAUAUCGCGACCGGUCUGACAAUCAUCAGCUGCUAUACCCGGCUGCUGCAAGUGUUCGAAGUUUUCAUCGCCCUGCUAGUGAUUUACCGGGGGUCCGAAUGUGCAAUGAAGGACUUCAAGAUCUGCUUCGGUACAUUCUCGCCUACACACGACAAGACCUUGCAGAUUCGUCUUGUGGCACAGUAUAUCCUGCAUCUCUGUGAAGGCAUGGCACAGGUCGUGAAGCAAUGUGUUCCAACGCAACCUGUAUUCGCCAAAGCUCUCGCUGACGGCCAGAGCACCGAAGCACGCCUCAAGGGACAGCUUGAGGAACAGCUCUUGAUGGCACCGAUAUAG